AUAACCAUCAUAGGACUCGGGAGCCACCUGGAUGCCUUGUAUUCUUAUAUUCAUGGUCCAUAAACGAAACACGACAUCAUUGAACUAAACAAAAUACGCACGACCCCCCAGCAUUCGCGGUCCAGUCAAGGCAAGAUGAAGAUCGUUCGUAGAGACCUAGUACCCGAUGGCCCUGGUAGUGUCAAGAUGGUUCCCGAAGAAGCAGACGAUUUGUGGAUUGCUUAUAAUUUGAUUGCUGAGGGCGACACUGUCUUAGCUGUUACUGUCAGGAAAGUUCUGAGGGAAACAGCUUCCGGAGAAAGAGAUUCCGAAAGGGUAAAGCUCAGAUUAGAAGUUAAGGUUGAGACAAUGGAGUAUGAUAAAGAAGGGUCUGCUUUACGUAUUCGGGGAAAGAAUGUUCUGGAGAAUGAAUAUGUCAAGAUAGGUGCAUUCCACACGCUGGAAAUUGAGCCACAUCGACCUUUUGUCUUAAGGAAGGAAGUCUGGGACUCACUGGCUUUAGAGGUACUCCACCAAGCAUCUGAUCCAUCUGCCAGUGCUGAUCUAGGAGUGGUUUUAAUGCAAGAAGGAUUGGCCCAUAUUUUUCUUGUUGGUAAAAGUGUAACUAUCACCCGUUCUCGUAUAGAGACAUCAAUACCUCGCAAGCAUGGGCCUGCAGUUGCAGGUUAUGAUAAAGCUUUGAACAAAUUCUUCGAAAAUGUCCUAAAGGCAUUUCGUCAACAUAUUGACUUCAAUGUUGUUCGUUGUGCUGUGAUCGCAAGUCCUGGAUUUACAAAGGAUCAAUUUCAUCGUCACCUACUGUUGGAGGCAGAAAGGAAGCAACUGAGACCUAUUAUAGAGAACAAGUCUCGCAUAGUACUUGUGCAUACAACAUCAGGAUACAAGCAUAGUUUGAGAGAGGUUUUGGAUGCACCAAAUGUUAUGAAUAUGAUAAAAGAUACAAAAGCCGCUAAAGAGGUCCAAGCCCUGAAAGAAUUCUUCUCAAUGCUUUCAAAUGAUUCUGAUCGUGCAUGCUACGGGCCAAAGCAUGUUGAAGUUGCUCAUGAACGGAUGGCAGUCCAGACACUUCUCAUCACUGAUGAGCUCUUCAGGAGUUCUGAUAUAGAAGCGAGGCAAAAGUAUGCCAAUUUGGUGAAAUCAGUCAAGGAGUCAGGCGGCACUGCUUACAUCUUCUCAUCCAUGCAUGUUUCAGGAGAACAGCUGGCACAGCUGUCUGGUAUUGCUGCAAUUCUUCGCUUUCCUCUCCCAGACCUAGAAGAUAUAGAGAUGUGAUAGGAGAGUUGCGAAACUGAUAGCUCCAUAUGUGGUUGUACAAUUACUACUAUUAUUUCUUUCCUCAAGUUCUUUAUGUACCACCAGUGAUGAAACUUUACUUUCUUUUUUUUUUUGAGGGAGGAUAAAACUUUAGCACUAAAUUUAUAGGCCAUGGAGGAGGCUUUACAAGGGGGAUUUAACCUAUAGGCUGUAUGUAUACUGGUUUUUGACCAAGUAAUCUACAUCCAUUGUUGUAGUUCGCAAGCUACUUUCUUGAUAAGAACGGUCAUGGUACCUUACUCUUGCCGCA